AAUCGAUCGUCGAAGAUUUCCUAAAGAUUCGAAGGGAAUCUUGAAAACUUGAGGUUUCUUUAAUUCGGGACGUGGCUGUAAAUGUAAAGACUGACUAGUCAGUCGUCUAUUCCGAAGUUGUGUUAUAUUUAGCCUCCACUUUGUCACCGUGAGUCAGUGACUAAUCAUCGAUCGGUAUUUCAUUUUACUUGGCGAAAAAUCCUCCUGAUAAAUAAGUAGAGAGGAGCAACCUUUAAGCAAUAUAUCACUCAGUUAUCUCAUCGUUGUCGCUUUUGAAUCUUAUUCUGUCACGCAGUUCGUUGUUGCAAUCGUUUGACGAAGAAAGAAGAAUUUCAACUGUGUUGUCGCACUUGUCCAAUAUUUCAUUCGAUUUUCUCUUUGCUUUCUCUGGUUCGUGUCGCAAUUGCCAGAAAGAAAAGAGCAAAAAGCAGCACGCUUUUUCACUGGCCACUUCGUCAAAAACUAUUCGAUAUAUAUAUAUAUCGAUAUAUGUACAUAUCAUCCAAGUGAAUCUCAGUUCAUUACGAUUUUUUGGAGAGUAGAAAAUCGAUAUCGAUACUGGGAUAGACCUUACUGAUAUAACUGCACUCUAACUGAACGAUAGAAAAAAAAGAAGAUUUCACAAUGGAGUUCGAAACGCGCGCUUUGAUCGAUUUUUGCUUAUCAUCUGGUCCAGUCACCAGGGCUAGGUCUGCGGGGUCCAUAGGAGCACGAUCCGCGCCCAGCACGCCUCUUCAAGUAGCUCCUGGUGCGCAACAAGCGGGCCAGCAAUCGAUUAGCGGCUCACAGCUUACGGUAGCCGCUGCCAAUAAUUCGCAGCCUCCGAGGAGCCCGAGCCACGUGGCCUUGAGAUGUAACGACAGUCAUCUUUCUAAACCGCUCAGCAGAAGUACACCAUCAAUGGCAGCUGGUGGUGUAACGCAGGCUCCACCAAAGGUUAGUAGAUCUUCGUCGACAUCGUCACCAACGACUACCAGCAGCGCGAGACAGAAGAAAUUCCACAGGCAUUUCUCUCAGGUCGCUGCGGACGAACGGGUGUUGAACUACUAUAGUUGCGCGCUGGUAGGCGACAUCCUGUUGCAAGGGCAUCUGUACAUCACGCCGAACUACUUUGCGUUCUACAGCAACGUGUUUGGCUAUGUGACGAAGCUACUGAUACCUACGGUUUCCGUGUUGAAGAUCAGCAAGGAGAAAACAGCACGGAUCAUUCCAAAUGCCGUGGCGAUCUCCACGGAGGAGGAGAGGCAUGUCUUCUGUUCCCUUCUGUCCAGAGACUCGACCUUCAAGCUGAUGAAACAGGUUUGGGACGCGGCGAUGGAGCCACAGCCGUCGCCAGCGAUUCUACCGUUGACCAACGAGGAGAAGCUCCUCGCUCCAGACACGCUGGUCGUCGAUGACUCCGAGGUGAACCCCGAGGAGGAUGAUUCCAGCAUGUCUGAAAGCGGGACGGAUCUGAAUACCAGGCCGCCGACCGUCUGCACCGACACCGAUGGCGUUCCAUUGCCAAUUGCCAGGCCUAGUUUGCCGCCACCUGCAAAGGUGGAACCAUCAUCGGUGUCGAUGCUUCCAACAACGUCCAACAGAUCCAAAGUCGUCCUAUCCUUGUUCACGGAUUGUUUGAAAACUAGCACAGUGAUCACCAUCUUAAUAGCUCUUCUAGCAGCUCUAUACGUGUCGGCGGCUCUGAUGAUGAUUCGCAUCGACAGGUUACACACAGCGUAUCUAAAUCAUCCGCUCGUUUCGCCGGAGCGUUUCACUCAGGAUCGACUUUUGGACUACCUUAAUACAAAUCUAGAUCAAAUAGUAAAGGUACGACAGAGUCUACAGACGCUGUCGCAGCAGUUCGUGUCGAUGGGUCAAAGCGGUGAAACAGAGCCGAGCGUAUCCGGUGGCGUGUUAGAGCCGGAAGACGCUCCGAGUUAGCCCCCGACGAGGCUAAAUAAUUUAAUGCAACCAAAUAAUACGAGUCCCCGUCGCCUCGCUAGCGUAUGAAGCGUCUCGUAUUAAUACGUCGUUGUCUUCGUGGUCGGCGUCGAUUAUAAUCGGCGUGCGAAAACGAUCUCGAUUCGGGCGACUGAUUGACGGUGUCGCUUCGACGAUCCUCAAUAGGCAAUUGUUAUCAUUAGAGUACCUAGACUUAUCUGGACAGAUUCCGAGGAUAAUAGAUUGUUCAGAGUAAAACGAUAAAAGAAGACAAAGCUUAAAAAAAGAAAAAACAAAAAAAAAAAACAAGAAAAAUAGAAAAAAAAGAUGAAAGUGAAAAAAACGUGCGUUGAGGAAUUUUCGAACAGGGGAAUCGUUAAUAGGAUUCCUUCACACCUAGAUUUGAGAAGCAUGCGUAACUCGAGUCUUAAUUUUCAGUCACGCUUGCAGAAUUUAAAUAAGACGCUUAAAUGCAGUAACAGAGAUAAAAAAAAGUUUAUAUAUAUAUAUGUAUAUAUAUAUAUAUAUAUAUAUAUAUUUAAAGAAGAAACGCCAUAUAUACGAUACAUGUGUACGAAUGUUUGCAAGACAAAUUGUACGAUGUAUGGAUAUGACGAUGAAUUGUCGAACACGAAGCAAAAAAAAAAAAAAAAAUAGAGAGAAAAAAGAAAGAAAUAUUCGAGCGCGCAACGCGAGCGAAGGGAUUUUCGUUUUUUUGAACUAGUCACGUAUUUAUAUAUUACCCCACGUACAACAAGAGUAUAAUGAACAAAGUGGAAUAUAUAUAUAUACCUUAUAUUAUAUAUUAUAUAUAUAAUGUAUGAUAGUGUAAUAUUAUAUGUAUAUUAUAUAUAUAAUAUAUUCUAUAUUAUAAAGAAGCUAUAUAUAUAUAUAUAUAUAUACAUAUAUAUAUGUAUAUGUAUAUGUACAUAUAUAUAUAUACACAUACACACACACACAUAGAUAUGCAUAUUUCGCGAUUACUUGUUGAUUAUUAUAUAUCUGAUAUAUCUGAGCUAGUUCAGGCACUACCUUUUUCAUCGAUACAACUGGCAAAAGAAUUGCAUUAUAGAAUUAAUAAGGUGGUUAUACACAUUUGUGUCGCAGAAAACGAGAAGUUCUGUAUUGUAUCGUGACAAGUGAAAGAGUACCAAGAAUGAAAAAAAAAAAAAAAGAAAUUUCUUAUUCAGACGAGCUUGUGCAGUACUCCGAUCGUUCGGAAUACACGCUAUUUUGUCGUCGAACAUCGAAUACUGCGCCUUUUAGACAAAAAGAGUUAAAAUGAAAAAAAAAAAAAGAUGAAUAAAGAAACAUUGCAUUUCCCGCGCACACUGGUGUUCCUACGAAAAAAAAAAAACUUUUCUGAUCGUUCGUUCGGAAUGGUAACGAAAGGGUAGUUUCCUUUAUUUCUCUCUUUCUUUUCGUAUUUUUUUUUUUUUUUUUUUUCUUUCUUGACUUGACUCUUUCGAGACUCAUUCUUGACAUGCGAAAGUGCUCGCGAAAUAUUUCAUUCACUUAUGAGCGUAUUUCAAUGACAGUUGCACAUAUGUUCUUCUAUGUAUGUGUGAAACAAUACGAAGAAACGUUCGGACAAAGCGUUAUUAUAAUUGCGGUUAUAAAAUAUGGGAUACGAGAAACGGGAGACUUGACUGUGAUAGUAGGAUCGAGGAUCGCAUUUUGUUAAAACACGACCGCGUUUAGCAGAUUCGUUGUGUGUUUGUCCCAUUAAAAGAAAAAUGAAGUAACUAAAUAAAUAAAAAAAGAAAAAAAAAAAAAGAAACCUAAGGUAAAACGAGAGACUGGUUGUUACGAUCGGACCAAAAAAAAAAAAGAAAAAAAAACUGGCGUAAACGCGGUCGUCAUUGCGCGAGAUCGCGUGGGAUCUAAAGAGAAGUGCUGUUACAUUAUUUAGCUAAUAUUUAUAAAAAAAAAAAAGGAGGAAGAAGAAAAGAACUAUGCGUACGUCAAAGUGAAAUUUCUUUGAACCAUUGUUUCUUUCGAUAUCGUUGAUCAUUCAUUGCAGUUAAACGAUUGUGAUUGUAUUUACCGAUAUAUAAAUGAUGUUAAUUUUUUUUUUUAUGAUUUUAAAACACACACACACACACACACUAUGCCUUUGCUAUUGUAAGUUUUUUUAUUCUCGUUACGUUCGCGAAACGUGUAUUUUAAAUUAUAAGGGGAAAAAGGAGAAGGCGAUAGAAGAAAAAGAAGAAGAAGAAGAAGAAGAAGAAAGCGAGAAGAUAUAGAAAUAUUGGGGAUAUAUUUAUCUGGUGGCAAUUUAGCAGACUAUUUAAUUUAUUUUUACCUGUUUUUAAUUACAGACUUAUAUUUUGAAUAUUUCUUUUCCUUUUGUAUAUUUUACGUUCACGUUGAUUAAAUUCGCUGGAAAUUUAUGGUUGUACAUGCCUUUUUAACGCGUGGGUUACUCGCGAGGGAGUGGAGGAGAUACUUGUGCCUGGCGUGUGCCGUAAUGGAAGAAAAUCGGCUGCAUUCUAAAAUAGAGAAAAGGAAACAUACGGGGGAUUCGUUCAUAUUACGAUUUACAUCGAAUCUUAUUUUCUCUCAUUCUGUUAGAUCGAACGCGUUUGAAAUUGAACGGUGUUGUUAAUAUUAGAUCGAUGCGUAUGAAAUGUCGUUUCUUCGAAAUACCAGUUUGUCAGUUGAAUUGGAAUACUUGUGAAUAUUUAUUACUGAUCAGAGUCAAAUAUUGUUUCAAAUUUAUGUCGAAUUUAAGUCGCGAAACCAACCACUACUUAUUACUUGGAGCUAACUCCUCUUUACAGCAAACGAAAUAGAAUAUGUAUAAAAAAUAAGGCUGCCUCAUUCUUGCUGCAAAAAUUUUAGUUAUUAAUUAAAUAACUGCAUUAGUUAUUAAUUAAUCAACUGCAUUAAAGGAGGAGAAAUUUACUAUGCACGCAUAUUCAAUUGUUAAAAACACCUGUAAUAAAUAUAAUCGAAACUUUAUCGUAAUAAUCAGAAUAGUUCUGCAAUUUUAUCAUGGUUAGAGUUUCUUCGAAAAUUACACUUGAGGAAAGUCUCACCUUAUGUUUGGAAAAACGACACUUCGUAUACACCGAUCUAAUACGGUACAGAAGAAAAUAGUGAAAGCUGGACGACAUUCGUCAUUCGAGAGUUAAGAGGAACUAGAGGAAACAUUUAAAACUGUCUGACAAAACUUGACGACAUAUUUCGAAACUAUUGUAACUUCUUGCAUAAAGUGUAAAGCAUUGUUUUUUUUUUUUUUUUUUUUUUCUGUAAGAACUUAUCUGCAUCAUUCUACUAAAAGUCACUGAAGAAUUAUAUAACCAAAUAAUUCGCAGAUGUUUAUUGAACGAUUAAAUGGAGAAACUAUUUUUAAGGAUGACUAGUUGGUGACAGUUGUCCAUUGGAUCUAUCUGUGGUCAGCGUUCCGUAAAAUUUCUAACGGAAACCAAGUCUAUUAAAGGGCGUUUCUCUCUUUCCGUUCUCGUACGAAUAUCGUUCGCCUUAAUUGCGACGUUUUCUAGACACUUUCAGAGCGAUGCUCAACGUGCAACCUCGUUAUUCCUAGAACAUGUAUCCGUAUAUAACAGCUCUUGAUUUGUACUUGUUAUACGCGCACGAAUUGUUCGAUUAAACUUGCUGUACUUUUUCGAAUCUGAUGUCGUUAAGCAGUUCGAUCAAAUUGAUGGAACUGAUGUAUGGAUCAGUGGUGAUCAUUGUCUCAGACACAAUAGGUCGAAGCUAAUAGUUUCUUCUUUUUGUAAAUUCCUGAUUUUUGGAAUAAAAUAGUGAUUAUUUAUACGAGGUAUAUUUAUACGAUAGUAUAUAUCAAAUGUCAUAAAAAUUUUGUCCCUUCCAUUGUUCGAAAAGAAUAGAAUUAUUGUUAAAUUUCAAUUGAUGAAUUACAAUUUGUUUCUUGUCCUCGCAAUGUUAAGUUUGAUGAGAUUCGUUUGCUUGUUAUUACAAUUUUGUUAUUACAAAAUAUUAAUCUUUUAAUUCAUGGUAAAUUAAGAAUUUGUUAUAAAUAUUACAAUAAUGUCGAGUUAUUAACUUAUACUGUAAAUAUUACAUUACUUUACUCUCAGGUUAAUGUUUUAUUUUCUGGUAUAGUGUGCUUUUAUAACAGUAUUGUCCGUAGGGGAAGUAAUUUGUAUAAUGAUACAUGUAUAACUACGAUAAUGUAAAAGUUUAUUCGGUUAUUUAAAUUAUUCCCUUUUUCUGUUUCUAAAUAUUUUAUCCAUCUACUAUUUUAUUGAGUAUUCUAAUUGAUAGCAAAUGUUAAAUAUUAAUAUUAAUUUAAUAUCUUAAUAUUAGAUAUUUUAAUGUUGUUAAAUAUUUUCCAAAGUUUCUUGUUCAUGUUCCUUACGAUUCUUUUCUUUUCGAGCAAGAAAUUAUCAGUUUGAUUUCAUUUGCAAAUUAUUGUAGUUGACAAUAGGGGAACAUUGUUAAAGCUUGGAAAGAAACUGUUUGACAAAAAUUCAAAUUUUAAUUACAUUUGAUCUAUUUAUUGUUCUAUAAUUUACAAAAAUAUAUGAAGAUCACAAAACAGAGGUAAAAUUGCGCUUUAAUUGAAGUUGAAGUGUCAAACUACUUUUUUUAUUCUUAUUUUUAAGACACUUGUAUCUUUAUUUAACUAAUUUCACUUUCUUCUCUUCAACCAUAUGCCAAAAAGUGGAUCUGUCAUAUUUCCUCAUUGUGGAAUCUUCAUAUAAAAAGAAUCAAUAUAAUACAUUUCAGUGUCGAAUGUACCAGUCUAAAUAAUUACAAUGUUUUUUUGCUUAGUCACGCGAAUCAGAUUUUGAAAACGUGCAGCUCUUGUCGACGAAUUGUACCCUUUGCGUAAAUGAGAAGAGAGCAAAUUUGUUACACUCAGCGUAGACGUCUUUAGAAUGCAUUUGAGAACGUGUGUUGGUUCCUGGUGAGAGAUAUACGUACUUGGUUGAACGAAUGAAGGGAAGAGGCGAAGGUGAGAAACGAAGGGAAAGAGGGCAAAUGGAAGACCGUACAAUUUGAAAAUCACAGACAGACCAAUAAUUUACAACGUAAUUUGUGUAGUCCGAUGAGACGGAGCGCAAAUAAAUUUAUGGAAAAAUUGAGGCACCAA